AGAUAGACGGGGCUUGGAUGAGCCAGAGAUAAGGACGGUUAGGGCUAGAGAGAGGAUCUCUAGUUAGGGUCUGUAGAGCAGGACUGAGGGUGGAAUUGGGAGGCUGGUGAGUAGGUUGUACACACCUGGGAAUACCUCUGCAAAUCAAGCUUGAGGAUCACUUUGUGAAUUCUGGGAGUGUAACUCAGGGAGCCAGGGAGGUUGUGUCCCAGGGAGAGUGUUGCAAGUCUAAAGAAGCCUGUUUUGCCUUAACAGACACUUCAGCAUCUUUACAGUAAAGCCUUUAUUGACACACUGACAAAAUAUUAUGUGAGUACCAGAAUUCUGAAUACCAAAUUGAAAUAUAAUGGAAAUAUAAGAACAGCAGCCACCGGAGGGAUGCUGUGCUGGGGCUGGAUAGGGCCAGUUGCUCCCCCCUCUGCUCAAUACAGAGAACCAUCACUUUAAAAAGGCACCUCUUUGCUCAGUUAGCCGGGAACUUCAGGGAGAGCCUUCUGAGGCCUUGGUUAGCCCUGAGACCCCUACCUCAAAUCCUGAGUUGGGGCUAUGGAGCAGGCAGAAGAAAUACACCACCGCUACCAUGCAUCAGGCUUUGCUGUUUGAAAAUAGAUACCAAGGGCAGGGGGGCAGGGGGGAUGGAGGUCCUGAAAUUUGUGUCCCAAGUCAGGAUGUGUUGGUGCUGGAUUCAGUAUCUUGAAAUACCCCUGCAACAAGUCUCUUGUGGCACCUCAAAGACUAGGAUGUAGACUUCAGCAAAAGCAUUUGUGGACUAGAACCUCUUUCAUCAGGAUCAAGAAGCAUCAUCCUCUCCACGCAUCAGAUGCACAUUUUCAUAAUCCCCGGAAAUGUUGGGCCAAAAUAAAUGUGUUGGGGUCUGUCAGUUUAAGGUGGCCCAAGUAUCUUGGUGAUCCCUUUUUGCAGUAGGUUACUGCUCCCUGCCCCUCUGAGAGUCAUUUUCUACAAAUGGCUCUUCCUAGGGAGUACAAAGCUACUACAGAGGCUGAGGCGCUAUUCCCCAGGUGCUGCUGGAGUACAACUCCCAUCAUCCUUAUUACAAUGACUGAAGACCAUCAUUGCUUAGAACUCUGGGAGUUGUGGUCCAAAAACAUUUGGGGAUUCAAGGCUGAGAGACCCUCCCUGAUCUGCUGGACGCUGCAAAAAAGAGAGCUUAAAAAAUGCUUUUUGAGAAUAUGCUCGUGCCGCUUCGCCCUUGGCUAGAGAAAAAGAGGCACGUCCCGCCUUCGCUUCCGAGUGAGACGUCAAUCAGGGUUAAGAGCAGCGAGUCCCGCUUCCUAGAGGGACCUAUGACAGGCCCCUCUCAUGUUCCGUCUCUUCCUAGUACACGGAAAAGAGCAGCAGCGUUUUUGAGGAGCGGGGCUGGAUCCGGUCGGUGAGAGCCUUCUGAGAAGAGGAGUCCAGAGAGCACAAGGUGCAAAGGCUUCUAUUGGCUGUAUCGGGGACCUCAUUUGUGCACGGGGGAAAAAUGAAUGUACAAAGUUCAGCCAGUAAAAUAACAGGGGAAGGAGCAGAAAAAGGCCCUCAAGCUAUCCAGUCUGGGAGUGACAAGAAAUUCUGGGAAAGAACCGUGCGAAAGAUCCUGGGAGGAGAUACCACCAGCUUGGAGGUCCGGCGCUGGAGGUUCAGGCGUUUUCGUUACCAUGAGGCCAAAGAGCCCCGGGAGGUUUGCAGACAAGUCCACAACCUUUGCCAUCAGUGGCUGAAGCCAGAAAUGUACACAAAGAAGCAAAUACUAGACCUGAUAAUCCUAGAGCAGUUCCUGACCAUCCUGCCCCCGGAGAUGAAAAGCUGGGUCAGAGAAUGCAGAGCGGAAACCAGUUCCCAGGCAGUGGCCCUGGCAGAAGGGUUCCUCUUGAGCCAGGCAGAGGACAAGAAGCAGAAAGAGCAGCAGGGGAUGAUGGCCAAAGUGAGCACUGAUCUCCCGAAGGCAGAGAAGGUAUCAGAUAUCGGGCAGGGGCCACUUUUCAAGGGGAUCAUGCAGGAGGGUGAUGGAGGUACCACUUUGCUGGGCAGUGAGAGGACCCUGGUGAUUCGUUCAGUGCCUUCUCCUCUGGGUGGCAGAGUGGAACCGGUUGCUGUGCAGGAUAGGGUGGCGUUUGAAGAGGCGACUGUGUGUUUCUCCGAGGAGGAGUGGGCUCUGCUGGAUCCAGAUCAAAGGGCUCUGCACAGGGAAGUCAUGGAGGAGAAUUACUUGAAUCUGGCCUGGCUGGGAAAACGGCCAUUUCCUAAAGGUGACCUCACCUCCAGGCUGAAAGAAGACGACAAUCUAUUUUCCAGUGUCUCCGGGGAGAGUUUGGAAGAUUAUAAGAGGGAGAGUGAGGAAGAGGAUGAAGCACUGAGAAGGAAAACUGAAACAAAACAGAAAAGGACGGAGGAGACCAUUGCUUCUGAAGGGGAGGACUUUCAUGUAAUUCCAGUCCAGGAAGAAUGUUACCAAGGAGAGAAACGGAGUAAGACCUCUCUGUGCAUAAAAAUGUUUGGUACUAAAUCGCACCUUAGCACACAGAGAAUUGACACAGGGGAAAAAUCAUAUAUAUGCUCAAAGUGUGGAAAGAACUUCAGUUGGAAAAAUAUUCACACAGGCAAGAAGCCAUAUGAGUGCUUGGAGUGCAGAAAGAGUUUCAGUCACGGGUCAAGCGUUAAUGAUAAUUCACAAAUCCACACAAGCGGAAAACCAUAUACGUGUUCCGAGUGUGGAAAGAGCUUCUAUCAGAAGAGUAACCUCACGUACCACCAAAGAAUCCACACAGGAGAGAAACCAUACACCUGCAAUGAGUGUGGAAAGAGCUUCAGCCGCAGUGACCACCUUACAUCACAUGAAAGAAUCCACACUGGAGUGAAACCAUACCAGUGUUUGGAGUGUGGAAAGGGCUUCGGUCGGAAGAAGACGCUUUCUUUGCAUCAAAGAGUCCACACAGGAGAAAAACCAUAUACCUGCAAAGAAUGUGGGAAAAGCUUCAGCUAUAGCAAUGGCCUUGCUUAUCAUCAAAAAACUCACAAAGGAGUGAAACCAUAUCAAUGCUUGGAGUGUGGAAAGAGCUUCACCCAGAGCAUAACCCUUAGUCGCCAUCAAAGAACCCACACAGGAGAGAAACCAUAUCAGUGCUUGGAGUGUGGGAAGAGUUUCAGUCAGAAAAGUAAGCUUACUUCGCAUGAAAGAAUCCAUACGGGAGAGAAACCAUAUGAAUGCUUGGAGUGUGGAAAGGGCUUCUGUCAUAUUGAUAACCUUAAAUGCCAUCAAAAAAUCCACACAGAUGAUGUGGAUUCCACAGAGAAGCCAUAUAAAUGUUCAGAGUGUGGAGUGAGUUUCAUUCACAUUAGUCACCUUACUUCCCAUCAAAGAGUCCACACAGGAGAGAAGCCUUAUCAAUGCUUGGAGUGUGGAAAGUGCUUCCCCCGCAGAAAUAGCCUCACUUGCCAUCAAAGAGUCCACACAGGGCAGAAGCCAUUUAUAUGUUGCGAGUGCGGAAAGAGCUUCACUCACAUCAGUAAUCUUACUACCCAUCAAAGAAUCCACACAGGAGAGAAACCAUAUCAAUGCUUGGAGUGUGGAAAGAGCUUCCGCCAAAGGAUAUGCCUUAAUCGCCAUCAAAGACUGCAUACAAGAGCAUCUGCUGAAUCGUAGGAAUAUUUCGAAUGUAGAAAAUGUUUGGGAUGGAGCAUAGAUCUAGGGAUGAGUGAAUGUGGUAACUCUUCCUCAUGGCUUCAGGGAUUUUCUCCUUCCAAACUAAGUGUUGCUUCUUUUCCUUCCUCCUUUAUUUAUAUUCUCUGUCUCAAGCAUCAGAGUAAGCCCCCUCCAUUCACUUCUUCUAAUAAUCCCAGGGAGUUCUGCUGUGGUGUUUUCUCUGCAAAGAAGAUGUACCAUUGCCGUGGAAGAGCUUUACCAUGGGAGAUGCAUCUGUUGUUGAUUCUCACGGUCAUGAUGAAUAAUUCCUCUUCAGAUAUUAUUGGUGAGGAAUCACCAGAGCUGAAAAUCAUGCUUAGAAUAUUGGGGAAGGGGGCAGGAAAGAGGGCUAGCUGGCAGAUUGGCAUUUAAAAAAUAAUUGGUUUGUGUAAAUUAUGAUUUCCAUUGUUUAAUUGAAUGCAAUAAAACAUUAAGAAAAA